AUGUCGACUGCGGCGUCAAGUGGCCAAGGUGGAUCGGCUACUGGUUCAGCUGGUUCAAGUACGACUGGUGUUUCUAUGGUGGCAUCUGCGGCCACUACUACGGUGGCUCCUGCAACGACUGCUGCCACGAGUGCUGUGACUGUCGGUGGUGGCAUCGGCCCUAGUGCUGUGGCCGGACUCGCUGGUGCUGUGACUGGCCUCCCUGGUACUGGUGCUGUACCAGGAACCGCAACAAGUGCUGGAGGUGGUUUCGCUGGAGUCGCUGGUGGUGUGCCGAGUGCUGGCAUGCCUGCUUACGUCGGAGUCCCAAUUGUGCCUAACCUAAAUGCAAGUGGCGGUGGCUGCAAUUCUGGUGGCUUCAACUUUGGUGCAUUUCCGCCUGGAGCUGGAUAUGGCUACCGUACCGGUAAAAAUGGACAAUGUGCCGCGAACGAAGGGGAGUUUUGA